GAACUGCUAGAUUUUCUCCGAAAACUUUGGGCCAAUGGCAACAGGAGGUGGUGAAAUUUCUGACAAGGUUGCUAUAAUUUAGAAAUCAUGAUGGAGGCCACACAUUCACACCCUUCUGAAAGUGAACAAGAAUCCCUUGUGACCAAAGAACCAGACCAUGGCAUUCAGCUAGAUCCAGCCUUCGUUGACAGGCUGAAAGUAGCUGCUGCUACUGCAAUAGUCAAGCAGAAACCACCCUCGAUGUCUGGCAAGGAUUAUGCAAAACAGCUGGCUGAGAGACUAAGAAGGAAAGAAGAUUCAUGGAAAACAAAGACUAAAAAUCUGGAGAUGGAAUUACUGAAGACUCAGCAGGAACUCUUGUUGGCUAAAACUAGAGCUUCUCCUCAUAACGACUUGAAUGAAAGAGAGGCAGUAAAUGCUUUCCACAGUGAGUCAGUCUCUGAUGAACCUGCAUUCUUAACUCCCCCUUCAUCAUCAGAAGAAUGUCAUCAUGUUGAUCACCAGAUGGCGCUCUCUAGAAAUACAAAAUUUCUUCAUAGUCUCUCAACCCUUUCUGCUGUAAGCAGGACAGAAGGCCACAUCAAGGUGAUUGAAAGGUCAUCAGAGGUCAUAGUCAACAGUGUGAAAACUACAGUAGAAUAUAUCAUGGGGAAAUCAAAAGACAAAGCCCCAAGUCAUCGCCUAUCAUCCCGGAUGCUCCAGAAGGCUGCUGAUGCUAUGGUGAAGACCUUGGAUACCAGGUUACCCCCAGGAUGCAGGGAUGAUGUUAUCUCUUUGAUAGGCAAGAUGGUUGAGAGUAUUCUAGAUGAUGUGAUGGAGAACUCCAAGAUAUGCAAUACAUACUCUCAGAGAGAAUCCUGUUGCACCCUCAUCCGUCUCUCAAAAUCAUCGCAUCUACUUCCGACCAUCCUCACCUCCAUCCUGGAGAAAAUUGAAAAGGUAUCCAUCUCCCUCCGCAACAUCCGUCUCCAUGGCAGCUGCAUGGAUGUGCAGCUCCUUGAGAACUCAUUCUUCCUCUUCUCAACAAUGGAAGAUAUUCUUGUUUCUAUACAGGCAUCAUCAUCGCUAUCAUCGUCAGAUACAAUGUCGUCUAAAGGAAACACUCUGUUAAGCACAAAGGAAACACAUUCCCAGACCAGGACUAGCUUCAAUCAUCAUUCAACACAGAAUCCAUCUUCAGUGUGUGAUGAGGAUGAUAACACUAGUGAUAAGGAAAUGAGAGUGCAAUCUUUGAGAGGUAAGACCGGUCACCAAACACAAAAACUAAGCUUGGAUCAGGGUUUCCGGAUGAAUAUACAACAGAGAUUGGAGGACAGUCUUCUUCAUAUCUCCAACGACUUUCCUCUCUAUGCUCAGUAUGUAUGGAGGUUGACUGGAAUCUUGGAAUUAAUGAAUGUCUAGAGAUUGUAUUUUUUAUGCUCAUGUUAUUUUCGGUAUAAAAUACUAUUUCAUCUGUCCUUGCAAUCUUGAAAUAAUGUUUGACCGUAUCUUGCCCAUUUAACAUUUGUUCUACUGCUGUAGUACACUUGGGAUAUUCAUUUAUCAUCUUUGCUUGUAAGAAGAAUACUCACAGAGAGCUCCAUUAAUUAAAAGCCAUGGGUUGUA